CCUCGAAGCACAAUAUUUGCAACGGGAUCCGUAAUAACGCAACCGGGCAUCCAUAGAAAAUAUUUGUCCCCAUUUCGCUUCCCCAACCGUGAAAACUACAGGAGAGGAAAAAAAUCUUGAAGACCCCGAUACGCACGGAUCGGAUCCACGGCAGCCACGCAGGAAGGGGGAAGCGUACAGUUCGGGUGUCCCUGUCCUGGAUGGGUACUGGGCAGAGCUUGGGAUCGGAGGGCCUGCGGUGUCCCAGGUAAAGAUCCACUCGAGCUCCGGUGACCGCGGGCGAACAGAGCUGAAGCUCCUCGUCCCGCCCCCGCUCCGCUCGCUCCUCUCGGCCACAGGCCGGGCCGAAGCCACUCGAGAAGCACAACGAUGUCCCCCGGUGAAGGCCUGGACGCGGCGGAGCGACUCGUGUCGGGCUCCCAAUGGCUCCCUACGCCUCUCGGCAUGCUGCUGGCGGCGGCCGCAUUCGGCGUCACCCUGGCGCUGGUGCUCUACAUGAUCUCGCCGCUGAUCAGCCCCAAGCCGCUCAAGCUGAACGGGGCCCACGUCGUGGUCACCGGAGGCUCGAGCGGGAUUGGCAAAUGCAUUGCUAUGGAGUGCUACAGGCAGGGGGCGUUCAUAACGCUGCUGGCACGGGAUGAGAGCAAGCUGGUUCAGGCUAAGAAGGAGGUGGAGAGAUGUGCUGUCAAUGAUAAGCAGGUUGUGCUCUGCAUUUCAGUUGAUGUGUCGAAGGAUUACGGGCAGGUGGAAAGCGUCAUAAAACAGGCCCAGGAAAAGCUGGGUCCCGUGGACAUGCUGGUGAACUGCGCGGGGACCUCCGUGUCGGGGAAGUUCGAGGAGCUAGAGAUGAAUCGCUUCCGGAGUCUGAUGGAGGUGAACUACCUGGGGAGCAUCUACCCCACCCGAGCGGUCAUCACCACCAUGAAGGAGCGGAGGAUGGGCCGCAUCAUGUUCAUGUCGUCGCAGGCUGGUCAGAUCGGCUUGUUUGGCUACACGGCCUACUCCCCAUCCAAGUUUGCCCUCCGUGGCCUGGCUGAAUCCCUGCAGAUGGAGAUGAAGCCAUACAACAUCUAUGUGACGGUCGCCUAUCCACCAGACACUGACACCCCUGGCUUUGCAGAGGAGAACAAGUGCAAGCCACUGGAGACGAGAUUGAUCUCAGAGACAUCGGGCGUGUAUCAGCCAGAGCAAGUGGCCAAGAUCGUCGUCAAAGACGCAGUGCAGGGGAACUUCAACAGUUCGGUGGGGACUGACGGAUACUUGCUGUCCGCACUCACCUGCGGGAUGUCACCUGUCACCUCCAUCAUGGAGGGGCUCCAGCAGAUCGUAACCAUGGGCCUUUUCCGCACCAUUGCCCUUUUCUACCUUGGGAGUUUUGACAGCAUCGUCCGACGCUGUAUGAUUCAGAGGGAGCAGUCCAGAGCUGUGGACAAGAGCGAGUGAGGCGCCCCCCUCCUCAACCUGCCUCCAAGCCCCACCCUACUUAGGUUGCUCCACCCAUGUCUUGUCAAGCAGCUUCCCCACCUCCCACCUUGUCGUGACACCAGAGGGCACCAUGUUAGCAUCAGGUGACCACAGGAGGGUCAUCAAAAGCAGGGUUAGAGAAAGGUCCCCCCCCCCACAGAAGGUGACUCCACCUGCCCCCAUCUUCCCAGACAUCUGGUACUAAUUGGUUGAAUAGUAUCUGGUUCCCUGUCCUUCCGUGUCAGCUGAGGCUUAACCUCCCAUUUUGGAAACGUUUGUAAACUACUUAGAUAUGACUUACUUCUCCUUUUACUUUUCGAUUCAUACUUUAUUUCCGUUGCAUAUAAACUACAGAGAGUGCUAACAGACCGACGCUGUUUAUUUUCAUUAUGGACUGGCACGGUAGUUCUCACCCAUUCCUGCAUGGAUCCCCAGGCCUGCCACCAUCUGCUCACCCUCAUCAGCGAUCUACUCAUCAUGUCUUUAAUGGGCUGAAUCGGGGGGCUGUCAGUGCAACAGAACACAUCUGCAACAGCUGGAGCUAAAUGCCGGAAUGGUUGAGAACCACUCUGUUGGAGCCCCAUGGACGACAAUAGCUUGUUGUGUUUAUUUGUUGUGUGUGUGAGAGAGGUUUUAUGGCUAAGGAACUUUCGGGGACCAAGUAUGUUAAUUAUCGAAAAGGCCCACCGCUUAAAUGAAAACUGCACAUGCCGAUUUUCCCCAUCUAAGCUGAGUACAACCAUCCGUAAAUUCCAGAUGUGCAACUUACACUAGUGGCCAAAAUUGUGGAAACGCGUGCAAUUUUUAUAGACUGCUGCACUUGAUUUAUUCCAGCUACUUAUUUACUUGUCCAGUGUAUGAUAUUUGUAAACAGUCUUUGGUUGUUUAUAAACAUUACCACUAAUAAUCGUGUACUUUAUUUUUAAAGUAAUGCCAAAAAACGUUAGGUGUUUGCACAAUUUUGGCCGCUAGUGCAAAUGGUAAUUAGUAGCUUGUGGCAUCUUUUGGAAACUUAUUAAUGGGAAGCUGUUUAACAGAGUCCGUGGUUUCCUCCUAAAGUUGUUAGUAAACUCCAUUGCGAGAUUUAGCCCGUGAGCAAUUUUGUGUGGUGAAUUUGCUUCCUGUACUGCCGCUCUUUUGUUGGUCGCUUGCGUACGUGUUUUUACGCUCAUUCUUCCAGUAUCAGGAUGAUUGUAGACUUGCUCGAUACACUCCCUGAGAGUACAAGCCGUAUAUCUGUGGAGGAGUGUCACAAUGAUAUUACGGCUGCAUUCACGUUUUUGAUCGCUACCUUUAUCGAGAGGAUUGCCCUGCAGAUUAAUGGUGAACAACUUGUUUGCGGGGAAUGAGUCCCUUGCAGGAACUAUACACUUGCAUUCACUUCCCUGCAAAGAUUUUUUCUUUUUGCUCUUCCACUUGUACUGAAACUUGACGUGAAUGCUUCCUUCCUCGACUAUGGCCAGUGAAAGUGAUUAGUUGUCAUUGUUGACACACCACAGCACGCAGUGUACAACAGCGAAAUGCAUUUAACCCAUAUGUGACGUCGUGACAUAGGAGGGGGCAGCUAAUUCAGCACCAGUGAGGCAUGUAAGAGCAUGCUGUAAGCGAGCGUAUGAUUGGCUGGGACUGAACGUAUAUGCCUACAGUAAACAUACGAUCGAUUGGUGACAGGGAUGAACAAGACACCCAAUGGCGUGAGCGAGUCUGUGAACGAGAGACUCUGAUAGGCUACUGAACGGGAGAGCUGAACCUCAGUUGUGACUAAUGCUGCGUUCUGUUUUAACUCGUAACUCGGAAAUUCCGAGUUGGAAAAUAUCAACUGGAACACCCCUGAAAUCGGAAUUCCUACUUGGAAAAAUCAGAGGACGACCUCGGAAUUCAAAAUGGGUUCGCCCUUAAUCAAUAGUAAUUAAUACUGUAGUAUUAUACUGUUUAGCACGUGUCACAUUUGUGGCUCAUUAAAUUGAUUGUACACAUAGUAUUGACCAGCUGCUAUCUGUGGACGUGUUGCUACAGUGUUUUAUGCACAAAAUGCUGUGUAAUUUGUUAUCUAAUGAUAUUGCUAACGAUUAACUGGGCUGGAACUGAAACCUGAUUCAAAAAGCAAGAUCUCUUGCUUAGCUGGAUAACUUGUCAGAUUUAAGGUAGACUGGGCUGAAUGUAAGUGAAGGAAGAUAAAAAAAAAAAGGCAAAUUAAAUCUGCCAAGCUAUACUGCUAAGCAGGAGAACUUGCUUUUUGACACAGGUUCUAGGUAUUGCUAAAUGGCUUUCCGACUGGAACGUAAACUUGAGUGUGACUUCAUUCCCUACUCCGAAUUCCGAGGUAAAUGGAACGCAGCAUUAAAUACACCAUCUACUGGUGUAGUACUGUCUGUAGCCUAAAUGUGCAGUGGCUUCCCAUAUGCUGCAAUUGUAUUUUAGAGAGACAACGUUUUUCACGAGUUAAAGUGAUUCCAACCAAGGUUUCUUAGCAGACUGGUUCUCUUGCCAGAGGCGUCGGCUGUCGACUGGAAGGCCAUUCGCACAAAAAGCAUUUGAACUCGUUAGCUGACUAUGGGAUGAGCAGUCAUGUUUGCGUUUUUAACUUGAGUAGCUAAGGUACAGUGUUGAGAGACUAAUUCAACGACAGAUUAUUUUUCCUCACGUGAUUGUAUUUAGCUUACUCCUUGGCGCUAUUUAGCCUAAAUAACAGGUUAUUUUACAUAUCGGAACGCAAGUGUUUAAGAUUUAUUUUAUACAAACGGGAAGUGCCACUGAACGAGCUGGUAAACGAAUCAGAACGAAUCAGCUGAAUCAAACUAGCUGCAUCCAAAAAAAAGUGUAAUUUCGCCCAUCACUAGUGCAGAUAGCGGGUGAUCAGGUAGUUCAGUGGGAGCGUUUUGAAAUAAAUAGGUGAGGGAGUCAAUGCAGUUUCUUACGUAACUGCACAUGCCCCAGCCGGCUGAUCCGGAGCACGCUGGCUGGCUGUUCUGUGCCAUGGGUCUCCUGCCAGAGGCCUCGCGCUGUCGACUCUCCUCGGGACGAGAAAAUAGUUCAGACUAGAAGGCCGUUCACACAAAAAGCGGCUGUUGUAAUUAGGACAAGGGUGUCCUUUGUGACCGCGCAGGCGGCGGAUUUGCAUUUCAGUCACUCUGAGGAGAAUUUGACAGCCCCAAGUUCCUCGCCUUCAAGAGCACAACAUUAGUAUCUUGUAAUUUGUUUGUGGAUACCAGUGUGUGUUUGUGCGCGUGCACUAAUGGAGGGAGUAGCGCGUCGGCCAGCCUGUGGCGUUAAUGACAGCUUUUCCUUCACAUUUCCGUCUGUGUGCAGGCUUUUUGCGGUGAACACAAUUCUGUAAUUUAGCCUUUAUACUAUUUCACAAUUCUGGUUUCGCAAAAGCGAAAAAGGGGUAAAAUAGCCUAAUUAGGAAAUACUCAAUGUGUCGGGACGAGCCGUGGGAUUGAUUAUCGUUUGACUCGCGGGACCGAGUAGUAACCUCACUGGCCUGAGGGUGGCGCCGGAAAGCCGCGUUCAAAGUGCUAUACAAGUAUCUCUGCUCAGCGCCGCUUAACGAUAUUCUCGUUUGAUGUCUUCCUUUUCUUAUCUAUCGGCCCUGAGAGGACUGACGCCCGUCUGCAAUUAUUUUCUGUUAUUACAAGCGCAAUUAAAUGCUUAGUCCCAAUGCCAAAAGGAACCAAAAAAGCAAGGCAAUGCAAUGCAACUAUUUGACUGCUGCUUUGUUUACUUCAGAAAUACCUUAUAAAUAAGCCAAGAGCUGAAUUGUGGAGCCCGUUCAACGCCUUAAUACCGUUACGUAAUGCACCUGUUUAUAUCUAUGGCUUACAUAAUUUACCUGUUUUUCCAGAGAGAAGAAUUCGUCUUUGUUCCGUUUCAGAUCUGUACAAAUGUCCUUGCAUGAAGAAUGAUGGUGAGAGCAGAUGAUUUGGUUGAUGUUCUCACUUGACGUCGGUUUCUGAGGCUAUGCAGCACAAAGUUCAUUUGCGGAUUUUUUGCUUUUUAUAAUGUGUGCAUUUUAAUUAACUCACCUAGAAUAUACAGUAGCUGACACGUAGUUCAUAGCUUUUUGAUAUGUAGCUUAUCACAAAAGGAUUUUUUUUGGUUUAACAGUUUAAAGCUAUGCAAGUUAAGCCGUUGUGUUCAAGACAUGUUGAAACACCCUAUCGGAAUACCGAUGCUUUUCUCAUGUUAUGCCCUAACCCCGGUUUUUGUGCGUUUAAGAUAAGUAUAUGAUAUGUAAGAGAUUAACUUAGUUCGUUUUGCUCUGAAAAUAACCUGGACACGUUCGGUUCUUUCCUCCUUAAUUGUUUAUGCCUGUCUUCACCCUGUGUGCCAUUUUAAAUAGAAAAGGGAUGAUCGGAAGACCGUUGCUAUGUCAUAUUUUGUUACAUGAAAUAAUAAAUAACUUUUGAAAAAG